AAAUUUACCGUCUCUCGCUGUUAGCAAGCAUCUGCAGCAAUUACAAGGGUUGCAACUUGCUCGUUUGUUUUUAAGUGUCGGGAAAAAAUUGCAUCUUUCAGUUUUAUUGAGGAAGGGAAAAAAAGGAGGAAACGAUUAAGAUGUCAUCUGUGGGAACAUCGAAAGGGAUUCUGGAGAUCGCGAAGUUCGGUCUGUACGUCAGCGUUCCAAUCAUUCUUAUGUACUCUUUCGCCAACAACAACAAGAAUCUUCAGAAAAUUAUAGGCACUCGUCCUUACAUAGUGUAUCCCCCAGAGGGACCGAGGCCUCAAUCACCAGAGGAACUGAGGGAGAUGGCUCGAGAACUAGCACGCAAGAACAACAUUCGUUAAAUUCUCCUCAGUGUUGUGACUUACCGAUGUAUUUUUCAUUUGUAUUUCUGGUACUUUUGAAAAAUCAAUAUGUAUGUAGUAUGUGAUAAGCAUCAUGGAUUUCGUUUCAGAAGUGGAAUAAAUGUCUGUUCUGGGAAA